CAUCAUCCUGGGUCAGAAAGCAAGAAAUGGAGGUCCCUAUGAUAGACUUUGAUAAGCUUGAUGGUGAGAAAAGGGCUGAAACAAAGGCUCUUCUCCACCAAGCUUGCGAGAAAUGGGGAUUCUUUCAGAUCGACAACCAUGGAGUUGACAAGAAGUUGAUGGAGAAGGUGAAGCACUUGGUGAAUACACACUAUGAGGAAAUCAUGAAGAGGAGCUUUUAUGAGUCAGAGAUAGCUAAGGCCCUGGAGGAUAAAGAAACUGCAUCUAAUAUAGACUGGGAAAGCAGCUUUUUCCUUUGGCAUCGACCAACUUCUAACAUUGAUGAGUUUACAAACAUCUCAGAGGAUCUUCGCAAAACAAUGGAUGAGUACAUUGCUCAACUGUUCAAGCUGGCAGAGAAGCUUUCUGAGCUCAUGUGUGAGAAUCUUGGUUUGGAGAAGGGCUACAUAAGAGAAGCAUUUUCGGGAAAUGCAGGGCCUUCAGUAGGGACAAAAGUGGCAAAAUACCCUCAAUGUCCUCGACCUGAGCUUGUUAGGGGGCUCAGGGAGCACACUGAUGCUGGUGGAAUCAUUCUCUUGCUCCAAGAUGAUCAAGUUCCAGGCCUUGAAUUCUACAAAGAUGGAGAAUGGGUGGUAAUUCCACCUUCCAAGAACAACACCAUCUUUGUAAAUACAGGUGAUCAAAUAGAAGUCUUGAGUAAUGGAAGGUAUAAAAGUGCUUUGCAUCGUGUCAUGGCAGACAAGAAUGGAAGCAGACUAUCCAUUGCUACCUUCUAUAACCCUUCCGGUGAUGCCAUCAUUUCACCAGCUCCCAAGCUCUUAUAUCCAGAUCACUUCCGUUUUCAAGAUUACCUGAAGCUUUAUGCCACAACAAAGUUCGCAGACAAGGGCCCCAGAUUUGAAUCAAUGAAGAACAUGGCAAUUGGGCAUCACAGUCUUCAUGCAUAGAAGAAGCUUUUAAAUAAAACUAUAUGUAUUUCCUAUUUACUAUUUUGUACCUUUUGUUCUAUUAGUGUUGUAUUUUCAAAUUCCAAGAGAAGAUAGUGGCUGUUGUUUCUUCCA